AUGUGGACCUUAUGGAUAGCUAAUAUACUAAUAUCUUCUAUAUUUGCUCAUGACGAUGUAUAUUGCCGUUCCUUGGAUAUUCGCAAUAGUCCGAAAAUGGCGUUUCAGGACAAGGAAACGAAUGAAAAGUGGUCAACUUUAACGAGCUGUACAGUGAUGGAAGGUGAUUUUUCAGUUUCAAUGAUUACAGGAUCAAAUUUCACGCAUGAAAAUUUUCCUGUAUUUAGUCGCUUACGCGUUAUUACGGGACACCUACUCGUAUUUCAAGUCAGUGCUCUUCGAUCACUAAAACAGAUGUUUCCUAAUUUGCGUGUUAUUGGUGGGCAAGAAUUGAUUAUGAACUAUGCAUUAGUAAUUUAUCAAAAUACACAUUUGGUAGAAAUUGGUCUGCCAAAAUUGACAACAAUUGUCAAUGGCGGUGUAAGAAUAAUGGACAACACUCAGUUAUGUUAUAGCAGAUACAUUGAUUGGAGUCAAAUAUUAAUUGGGCCUGCUAAUGAUAUUUUAACAGAUCAAAAUAAAGCAGCUGAUUCUGAUUUGUGUAGUGAUGAUUGUUUGCCGCAAAAUGAACAUCGAUGCCACAAACGUGAUCAUAUGCUGUCAUGUUGGGACGCUGAAACUUGUCAGCUCGAUUGUAAAUAUACGUGGAAUGAUGAUAAAACAGUUGGACCCGGUUGUGAUGAUGAGGGCGAAAAAUGCCAUGAGCAAUGCUUAGGUGGAUGCACUGCUCCUGAUGAUCCGAGUUUGUGCCACUAUUGCAGAAAUGUUGUGUAUAAGGGAAUAUGUAUGGAGAAAUGUCCAAAUGGCUUAUAUGAAGUGCAUCAUAUUCAUCUUGUGAGAAGAUGCGUAACAGUGGAAGAGUGUCACAAUAUAUCAGCGCCAGUAACAUUAGAAAAUAGCGGUAAAAGAAUGCUAGUUGUAGAGAAUAUGUGCCGUGUUGAUUGCCCUUUUGGACAAGAAAUUGAUCCGAUCACUUCUUCUCACUGUAUAAAAUGUGAAGGCUACUGUCCAGUGAAAUGUAAAGGAGGUACUAUUGAUUCAUUUGCACACAUUAAUGAUUAUUUGUUCAAGAAAUGUAAUGUCAUAGAAGGAUUUUUGGAAAUCGAAUUAAGGAAAGGUCUAGAUGCAGCAGCAAUGGGAAAAGUGAGUGAAGCACUAAGUACUAUUGAAAUUAUUGAAGGUUAUUUAUUGAUUGACUUCAGUAUAUCAUUUGUAUCUUUACAUAUGUUCAAACGAUUGCGGUUAAUAAAAGGAAACAUUUUAUAUAGAGAUAGAUAUUCGCUCGCAAUAUUUGAAAAUGCUAAUCUGCGACAUGUAUUUGACAUUGAAAAACAACCGUUAACUCUUGAAAACGGUACAGUAUUAUUCCAGAAUAAUCGAAUGCUAUGUUAUAGUCGCAUAAAAUCACUGAUUGAUCAUUUGCGACUUAAAGAUGUUAAGGAGAAUGACGUGUCGUAUUACAGCAACGGUGAUCGAGCGAUAUGCGAUGAAACAACUUUUGAAGUCCAUACUGAAGAUGUUCAUAGCUUUGGUUUUAUGGUAUCUUGGGUAGCUUUCAAUACCACGGAUAUGGAUCAUCGGAAAUUUUUGGGAUAUCAAGUAUUUUAUAAAAAAGUGGACAAGCCAGACCCAACGUUAAGCAUUGAUGAUGAUCGCUCGGCAUGUAGUGAUUCAUGGCAAAUGCAUUUUGAACCAGAGAAAGGAAACGGUAAUGGUUUAAAUCGAGGAGCAGGUAUUUUUGCGGUGGAAUCCAACACAUGGUACGUUGAUUUGGCAUCCACUUUUAGGUAUGCAUACUAUGUGCAAACGAAACUGAUCAAUCAUCCUGGUGCUCGCAAUGCCAUCUCUAAAAUCCAUUUUUUGAAAACACUUUUCUCUACUCCGGAUCCACCAAAAGAUGUUGUUGGCAAAUCGCUCAUUUCAAAGCCAGAUCAAAUUGAUUUGGCUUGGGAGCCACCCGAACGCCCGAAUGGUGAUAUUACACAUUAUAUAGUAAAAUGGCAAGUACUUGAUGAUGAUGCUUCUGCAGUCGCAGGGGGAGUAUGUGAUGAUAAAGGUGGAGCAAGCUUAAGGCAUCAUAAAGAUAUCAGUAACCGAUUUAUGCUAAGCAAACAUUCAUUUCCUGCGAAGCAAUCAUGCUCAAAAACUGGAUGCUGUGAUUGUCGAUUGUCAAAGUCAAAACAUGAGCAGCUAUCAAAUGGUUUUUUUUCAAAGAACGAUCAGGUCAAUAAGGAAGAUUUCGAAAGUGACGCGCAGAAUUUCAUUUUCAUAAAUUCACAAAAAAGUUCUGAUAAGCAGCCUAAAUUUCGCCGAAGUUAUCGGUCUCUUAUGAAAAAUUACAAUGAAUCAAAUGAAAUAUAUGUUGAUCAAAAAUUCGUGAAUAUCACACAAAAUGAAAUGAACGAAACUACUACUUUCUAUCGAGCUCAGGUGGAUAUUGGAACACACAUAAUCAAUGUCACUACUCUUCGUUUAUCAAUCACUGGCUUGCGGCAUUUCACACAGUACCAGAUAUGGGUACAUGCAUGUCAAAAUAUAUCGGCGCCAGGAGGUGCGUAUUGCUCGCAGCGACCAGGCUGGAUGGUUGUACGUACGGCACCAGUUCCAGUAAAUGAUUUGAUUGAUAAUCGUACAAUCAAAGUGAUUAAUUCAACAUUAUCUGAAAGAAAUCCUUAUAGUCGUAAAAUAACAUGGCGAGAACCAUUACGUCCUAAUGGAAUUAUUCUUGGAUACAGAAUAACCGUUGUAGCUGAAAAUCUAGCUCAGACGCCCAUUAGUCAAUGUGUGAAAGCAAGUAACUUUCGGGAACAAGAAGGUGUAGUGUUUAGUGGUCUAGCGGAAGGCGAAUAUCUAGUACAAGUGGAAACAAUAUCUAUGGCAUCGCUUUCAUUUCAUGGUAUUAAAGAAGUAGCGACAGCACAUAAAUUGUUCAGAAUUGUAAAACCGACUUUUUUUACACCAAUGGUGAUUGCAUUAAUGGUUAUAAUUUCUAUUCUUGUUGUGGUAAUUGGUAUUUUAAUUGUUAUAUACUUGUCAAGGAUGAUAGUUGGAGAAAAAGUUCGCGAAUAUGUCCGACAACAAAUUUCAGCAAAUCCUGAAUACUUGAGUCAAAUGGAUGUUUAUAAGCCUGAUGAGUGGGAAUUAAAAAGGAGUGAAAUAGAAUUAGAAGAAGAGAUCGGAAGAGGAACAUUUGGAAAGGUAUAUCGCGGAUGUGGCAAAAACUGUAGGUCAUAUUUGGGUAUUACCUUUGGGGAAUGUGCUAUCAAGACAGUAUCGGAGACAGCAAAUAGCGCUGAACGUUUCCAUUUCCUUAUCGAAGCAGGCGUUAUGAAGCAGUUUAAUACUUCUUUUAUUGUUAAGCUUUACGGUGUCGUUUCAGAUGGUGCUGAAGAAAACAUUGACAAUUUGCCAGUGCCUGGCACAGCCGACAUUCUUCGUUGGGCAACUCAAAUUGCAGAUGGAAUGGCUUACUUGGAAUCUUUGAAAUUUAUUCAUCGUGAUUUAGCUGCCAGGAACUGCAUGGUGGAUGAAUUUGAUACGGUUAAAAUAGGCGAUUUCGGUAUGGCUAGAGAUGUAUAUUAUCACGAAUAUUAUAGACCAGCAGGUAAGCGACUGAUGCCAGUGCGAUGGAUGGCACCGGAGUCAUUGAUGGAUGGUAAAUUCACUAUGAAAUCUGAUGUUUGGGCUUAUGGAAUUACACUUUAUGAAAUGCUUACGCUGGCUCAGCAGCCAUAUUUGGGGAUAGGUAACGAGAGUGUUUUUGAUUAUAUUGGUGUGAAAAAAAAAAUAUUAGCUCGACCCACUGGUUGUCCCGAUUUUUGGUACGAGCUUAUGGUGAGGUGUUGGAAAUAUGAUGCUCGUGAUCGCCCUACUUUCGUCGAAAUAGUUGCAAUUUUGUUGCGUUACGCUGAGGAGAUUACAUCCAAUUUUCCUGAUGAUGAGUUCCGUCAGCUUUCAUUCGUAGUAUCCAGCCAAACUAAUAUGAGUUGUGAUAAUGCAGAAGAUGAAGCGUUGCACACAAGCGAUACUGUUAGACUCGUUCGAAGUGUUAGUGUAGGAGAUGUUGACCAUGAUGAGACCUUACUUAUCAGUCGAGCAAAACCACUAUUAAGUAAUUAUAGCAGCAGUGAGAAUGUUCACUAUUUAUCGAGCAUAAAUAGCGAAAGUAAGGAUGGAACAAAGCCAAGUUGUUCCUUCAGUCGGCGAAGAAAAGGUCCGUCAUGGUUGUGGGAUGGGGAUGAUUCUGAUGAUUUUUUGAGUCGUGGGCAUAAAUCAGACAAUAACAUUAAUUUAAUGAGGUUUGAUAAAAACGAUGAUGUGUCUUAA